AUAUGCAAAUUAUGAAACUUAUUUUGCAAAAUUGCCUACAAUGUUUGUUCUUUGGUUCCCAAGCAACGCCUAUAGUAGCUGAACUGGACAUCCAGUUAUGAGACUCGGUUUUGUAUAUAAUUAUGUGGAUGUGUGUAUAUGUUUACUUCUCUUUUGUCAUGUUUUCAUCACAUAUAGCAUAUUAACUUUUGUAACCUAAUACAUCUGGCCGUUGCCAGAUUGGGAAACUGAUGUAGGCUUUUUUCAUGGAGACUUUAGUCAUGAAAGUGAAGAGAAACUGAGUGAAUUACCUUCAGUAUAAAUAAAUAAAAAGCCUCUUUCAUGAAAUGUAGCCCCUUGGCUGACAGCAAAAAAAAAUUCUGGCUAGUGUUUUUCCCCCAUCAUAUUUCAAAUUAGAACAUGUCUACUGACAUCUGGGAAAGUGAAAGAAAGUUGCAUGCAGCCAUAUGCAUCAUGGGAAAAUGUUAAAAUGAGUGCCUUCACCUGAAUUUAAAUUUUGUAUCCUCACCUGAAAGCUUUAAUUUCUUAAUCAAACAGAUCAUUCUGAACUCCAUGCACAGAUACCAGCCCCGUUUCCAUGUGGUGGUGGUGGAUCCACGUCCAGACAGUGAGCGUUAUGCCCAGGAGAAUUUCAAAUCUUUCAUCUUUACAGAGACACAAUUUAUGGCAGUGACCGCCUAUCAGAACCACCGGAUCACCCAGCUGAAAAUUGCUAGUAACCCCUUUGCUAAAGGUUUCCGGGAGUGUGAGCCAGAUGACUGGCCGGGAUCCUCAGGGCAACUACUGAGUUGUUUAUCACGGAAUGGGAAUGCCUCCUCCUUAGCCCAACUUCAAGAGAUUCCAGAGAAAGGGUUUUCCAGCAAUCACCACCUUCCUCCUGCCAUCCUCAGAGAAGCCUCCCAAUUCCAGCAUCAACCUCUGGUGACAUCAGCCAGCCUCCCAGAUGUAUGCAUUGCACGGCGACCCUUGAAUGAAGCCCCAGGGGCCCUGCCCUACAAGCAUCUUUCCUAUCACAGCUUCUACGUGGGAGCUCGAACUGGGACAGCCCCUUAUGCCCUACCUAGCAACCGGGCAACCAGCUUCCAUACUCUCAAUAUUUACACAGCUGGUGGUUAUGAGCAAUGAGACAGCAGGAGCAGCCGUCCCCUGGCCCAGUUCAGAUCAAACUUUCCUAAAGAACCCUUUUCAUCUCCCAAUGAUGCUUUUUAUGACACUGCCUGCCAGGAGGUUUCGCCCAUUAUACAACUCCCUCUUCAUUGAAGGCAUUUUGGGGAUCGCAUUUUUUAUGCCCAACUGAUACUUAUAGCUUAUCCCCUGCCCUAGAUUAACAGAGUUGCCCAACAUUUCCUCAAUUACAUAUUAAAUAAUUGUAUUAUAUAUAGAUACGAUGUAGUCCAAUACAAAACUAACCUCUUCUCAAAGGUGUAGUGGAACUCAAAACAGGAAUGGAAAGUAGAUUUCACUGAGAUUCUGGCCACUUGCUCAUUAACUGCUUCUACUCCUUACCCCUCUGAAACAGCCCACAGCGGUUAAGGAAUUCAACCCCACCUCCAAACACAACAACCCUGACUGAAACACACCCGCCCCAUGUCCAAAUCUGCAAAGCAGAAAUCCCAAGUAAAUCUUGUGACUACAAAAUGCUCUCCAGGCAGAGAUAAAAAUGCAGCGAGUUUUAUUUUUGUUGCUGAGUUAGUGCCACAGGGAUAAGGAUUAAUGUCUUUAGCACAGAAUUCUACCUGGCCUAUUGAAUGCACUGUCCUCUUAAGGGGAGGAUGUGACAGAGUGAGACAAGCUUUCAGUGCAUUCUUGAGGCCUCCCUGCCUUCAAUGUGAAGGAAGCUUGCAGUGCACUUCAUGCCAAGAAUCCCUCUUUUGCCUUUGGCAAAGUUAAGCUUAGUUGGCCCACCUGGGAGAGGUGCUGUUUCUAUUUGCCUCCUCUCUGGUCCACGUUCCAUUAAUAUGCUUUGCUAACAGUCCGUAAGCUGAGCUCAGAAGAUAGAAAAAACAGCCAACAUCUUAAUCCACUUCCCUGUAUUAACACCCAACAUGUCAACUGUGCUUUAGAUCAAGUCUGUCUUGACGGCUUGGAUCUGCCUCCACCUCGUAUUUUGGUAGAUGCAGCAUCAACCUGAGUUCUUUGUCACAAUAAUUUUUUUUCUGAGGCUGACCUGGACACUAACCCCCAAUAAAAUUCUAGUACAGUUCUGCAGAAAGUAAAAAAUCCCUUGGCCAGGUCUCUUGUCAACUAAUCUAAGUAAGUAAACCGGUCCCUUUUUACACAGAUGAGUGAUACAAAUGGACAAUGUCCUUCUAGUUCCAAUAGAACCAAAUUUCAGUGUUUCCUAUAUUCUAAUUUUCCUUAAGGUCUUUUACCAUUUUUUCCCACCAGAGCUUUCAGGAUACAGAAAUAUACAUAAGAUGGUUAUUGAAACAACAAAUCACCUAAAUCAAAAGAUCUGCAAACAAUGUGGCAAGAUUCAAAACACAGCUCUGGAAGAUUGUUCCUUCAGUUCCAAAAUAUCAGCCUAAAUACUGAUAUUCGUGUGUGAGUCAGCACAGGAUCUCGGUUUAAUCGUAACAGGCUGUUAAAAGCUAGUGCAUUUUCUGCCCGGAUAGAAGUCACAAGCAAUAGAUGGGGAAGCAAGAGUCAGUUUAAAAAAAAAAAAAA